CGCGACGGCACUGCGGUGCCUGUGCGUGCGAGAGUCAGUCUCAGCAGCGUCGCGGCGCGGGUCGCUCUAGCGGCUCAGUACUGGGUCAUCGCCUGACGGUCGUGGACCGAACGUCCUCUCGCCAGGAGACGUGACAAAGUCGUACAUUCAGUGCUGGUGCUUCUUCAUUCAUUAUUAUUCUUACGGAUUUCUUUUAAAGGAACAUAAAAAUCUAUACUUUCUACUAUUCUGUUUUAGUUUCAAACCAAUUCGUAGUGUUUUGUACAAUUAUGGCAUUCAAAUUAUUACUUAAUACUGAAAGAGGAUGUAUUUACAAAAUAUUUAAACAAUUUUAAAUAUACAGACAAACACAUUAUUAUGGUUAUGAUUAGUAAGUUAAUUUAUAUAAAGUGAUAUAAAUAUUACGUGUUCAUCUGAAGAUUGAUGUAGAUUAUAACGUCGAAGGGUAAAAAGGUUAUAUUUGUUAUAAAAAUAAAUUAUUUGCUGUAGAUGUUUGAAGCUCUUCAUUUUGAUAACUCAAAGGUUUUGGUAAUUUUAAUGCUUAUUUAAUCAUUUAUUAGUAUAUUGAAAUCAACGUUAUUCGGACGUGAGAAAAAUUCUAGAAAAUAUUGCGUUGUUUUCUCACUAAUAAGUUUAUUUCGGCGCUUCUCCGAUGAUCACUUCCGGUUCCGGUUUGGUCCUGCUCCUUGCGCUACUUCAAGUCUCUGCGAAGUACAAUCUCUUCAUCAGCCAGGACGAAGUCAGGAAACUUCUAGGAUUGUCUUCAGAGCUGUUCUACGUGAGAGAUGGUGUCGUCAACACGUAUGCGAUGAACUUCAUAGUCCCGGUCCCCGCCAACAUCACGGCCCUCCACUUCUCCUGGCAAUCCCUCGCAAGGAGUCCGCUGCCGUACGUGUGGGUGGUGGAGUACAACAAUCGCGACGCUAUGCUGGAGCCUCUGUUCAACAUCACAGCCCGGGGAGUGAUCCCCACCCAGGUCCAGACGUUCAGCGUGGCACUCCCCUGUACGGGAGUCAGGAGUGCUGAGGUGAGGGUCGUGCUACAGCUCAACGUCACCUCCUACAGUAGGAUACAGAACGACACCUCUCUCUACUUCCGGCGGAACAAGAUUUGCCUCAGAGACUAUCCUGACACGGAACCUCCUCCCAGGAACGACUCUAUUCGCCUUGACCCUGGCUCUCUGACCUCUACCAACGCCACGUUCUACGUGGCCGUGUCCUGCGCAUGCGUCAUGAUCCUGCUGGUCGUCACGGUGACGUCACUCAGCUACGUGCGCAACAACAAGGGACGCGCCCAGGACUCCUUACACACCAGUUAUACGAGCGGUGCGUACGCCGGGAACCCCAACGUGUUCAUACGUCUUAACAGUGGGCUGAGCGGAAGCUACGCGACUAUCGCUUCUUGUCACAAGCCUCCGCUAACCCCCACUCCAUCACCCUACGCCACAUCCUACGUGACCACGGAUGGCAGUACACAUCACGUCUACUGCAAGCCUGCCUCUACCCGCGCAUCCUCCAGAGUCUCCUACUACGCGUCUUCUCCGCUCAUACAAGUGCCUCAGUUGGACCCAGCGGACAGGGUGCGGCGACUGAACGUCUUGCGGAAGACCAUCACUACCAAGAAGUUGCUGCAGGAGGGAACCUUCGGUCGCGUGUAUCUGGGCUCCUUCCAGCCCGAGGCCGAUCUGCACCCCCAGGAUGUCGUCGUCAAGACUGUCUCAGAAGAAGCAUCCAUGCUUCAAGUGUCGAUGUUGCUGUCAGAAGGAACCCUCAUGUACAGUCUGAUACACAAGAACAUUCUGCCAGUACUUGCAGCCAACACUGAUCCAUGUCUUCCACCACUUCUCGUCUACCCAUACAUCAGCAAUGGAAAUCUUAAGAGGUUCCUGACGCAGUGUAGGACGCGAGGGGGAGACCAUUACACUCUGGUGACUCAGGACCUCGUGGAGAUGGCCACACAGAUAGCUACGGCCGCCGUCUACCUUCACAGUCAGAGGAUAUGGCACAGAGACCUUGCUACAAGAAACUGCGUGGUGGAUGAAAAGCUGCGGGUGAAGGUGACAGACAGCGCACUCUCCAGAGACCUGUACCCCAGCGACUACCACUGUCUCGGGGACAACGAGAACCGGCCGGUCAAGUGGCUCGCGUACGAGUCCCUGGUACACAGAACCUUCUCAGCUCCUUCAGAUGUCUGGUCGUUCGGAGUGUUGUUGUGGGAACUGAUCACAUUGGCCCAACAGCCUUAUUCUGAAGUGGAUCCUUUCGAGAUGGCGGCGUACCUGAGGGACGGCUACCGGCUCGCUCAGCCGCUCAACUGUCCAGACCAACUAUUCGAAGUUAUGACCUGCUGUUGGAUCGCCGACCCCGAGGACCGCCCGUCAUUCUCCCAGCUGCUCGACUGUUUGUAUGACUUCUCAAACGCGCUUGGACGGUACAUCUAGAUAGUUUCAGUGUUUCAUAUCACGUGUUUGUUAUAAGUAUUUAAUUAAAAAAUCUGAAAAUACCAUAAAGUGUUUGUACAUAAACUGAAUUAAAUUCCGUUACUUGUA